UAUUUCGCAUUAAACUCCCGUUGGAAACCACGCUAACAUAAUUUUCGAAAGCAACACUGAUAAUUGUCAAUAUUGUUUUGAUAACUUGACAUCCAUGACCAAAGCCCCAGAUGGUUUGUUUUCUUUUCCUGAAAAUUUUUUCAUCCUUGAGUGUGUGUAUUUUUAACUAUUAAAGAAACUCAAAUAAAAGUUAUGAAAUUGUUAAAUAUUUUUGCAAACAGUUGUAAAUAUGUGGUUGGUUAAGAUUUGUACAGAAAUUGUGUAAUAUUGUGAGCAAGUACGUGGAAGUCUGAAGGGGGCAUUCACGUUGCGCAUUGCAGACUGUUAAAAAAAUAAUUCAUCGGAGUUUUUAUAUAAUUUUAACAAAAAAACGACGACAAUAAAAACUGUACUAUCGAUUUUCUCGAAUACCUCGUAAAUGAUGCAUCUCAAUCACGCCACAGCUGCAACAGCAAUGGCUACCAGUUAUCAACAUUACCCGCCACCGCAAAUAUCUACACAUGCAGUAACACCAACUACUGUGCAGCAGCAAACAACAAUUGCUGCAGGUUUACAACAGAGUCCAUUUGCGCUGCAUCAGCUAACUGCCGUACAAGCCAUACAACAUCCAACACAUCAAGCUAUGCUACAUCCGCAACAUCCGUUAGUACAUCUACUAGAUAUAUCCUCUACUACAAGUACACCGAAUCCAACACCCAUAUCGCCACCUAAGAUAGAAGUGCAAACUGAAGAAGAGGUGGUAGUCGAUGAUCCGCGUAAAAAGAAACAAUGUCAUGUUUGCAAAAAUAAAUUUCGUCAAUUAACUACACUGCGUAAUCAUAUGAAAAUACACACUGACGAGCGACCGUAUAAGUGUAAACAUUGUGAAAAAGCUUUUCGUCAAAUAUCAACGCUAACAAAUCAUGUUAAAAUUCAUACCGGUGAAAAACCAUUCACAUGUAACAUAUGUGCUAAGGAUUUUCGGCAACAAAGUACACUAAUUAAUCAUAUAAAAACUCAUAAGGAGUCCAGUACACCAACGUCAUUACUUAAUUAUCAACCACCAACCAAGCCAUCUUCACGUAAGGGAGCUCAGAACUCAUACCAGAAUCGUACACCAAUAUCGAAGAAUUUAUAUUCAGGCAGUUAUAACUCACCACAAGCAGAAGAAUUGGUUAAGCCUUAUCAAUGUAAUAUCUGCAAAAGACGCUUUCCACAUAUAAGUACACUGCGUAAUCAUGAGAAUACGCAUUUGGAUCCGAAACCCUUUAAAUGUGAGUCAUGCGAUAAAUGUUUCAGUCAACAAGCCACAUUGGCCAAUCAUAAAAAGAUACACACUGGUGAUAAGCCUUACACCUGUUCCUAUUGUUCUAUGAACUUCCGGCAGCAGAGCACGCUUUCGAAUCACAUGAAGACGCACGCUACAGCUGCAGCAACCAACCCAACAACAACCACAACAAUGGCAGGAACCGCCCCACCACCACAUGGAGGAAUCAACAUGCCAACCACAACAUUAGCAGGGCAUCCACAGGCAACACAACUAAAUGCCAAUAUGUUACAUCAACAACUACAAUUUGAACAUCCGCUGUUGCAUAUACUCGACAGUAAUACAACAGUCAGCACCAUUGUGCCCAAAGAACAAUACAACGCCAACGAACGUGUAACACAGGUAACAACAUAUAAAGGUGAGUGUCCCGAUCGCCCAUUUGUUUGCGGCGUCUGCAGGCGUGCAUUCUCUCAACACAGCACACUUAAUAACCAUAUUAAGACUCAUACAGGAGAAAAACCAUAUAAAUGUAAAGUAUGCGAAACCAAUUUUCGUCAAGUUUCAACACUUAACAAUCAUAUGAAAAUUCAUACCGGAGAGAAGCCAUAUGCCUGUUCCUACUGUCCUAAACAGUUUCGCCAAAAGAGCACACUUAUUAAUCAUGUUCGAAUUCAUACAUGUUAAGCAAAUUAUAGUUUCGUUAAAGGUUAACUAUACAUAAAUAUUAUAAAUUUUUGCAAACAGUUAACUAUAUUAUAGUAUAUCUAAUUCUAUACUAUAUGGUAAAUAUACAGAUUUUUGCAUUAAAAUAGUGGUGAACAAAUUUAAAGCGCUACAGUUUUUUUUAUUAUUUUUAUUAUUAAACACUAAAUGUAUUAAUUUUUUUUUAUUAUUUUAAAAUUAUAAUUAACUCCACAAUAUGACAUGUUAAUAAUGUUAACAGUUAUAUAAGAUACAACUUAUGACGUAUAUAAAUAGACUCCAGAAACGACCGGGUCUAUUUCUCGCAGCUAUUCGUCAAUUUGGAUCUACGUCUCGCACCUGCUCGUCAAUGACCAAGAACUGUUCACCAUUUCCAUACGCGGCUACAACAGCAGAUUUCUAUGAGUUACCACAAAAACAAUAUAUAAUAUAUAUGUAUAUAUAUAUUUCGAAUCCAGUGCAACUUUGUAGAUAUGUCUUUUGUAAAUAGACAUCUGUCGCAGCUAUCGUGUAAUUGUUUUUAUCAUAACCCGAAGAGACCUGCUGGCAUUGUCUCUCUUGGGAAUGGUUCGCAACACUUGGUCGUCUCUGUACAUAAUUGGCUCUAGAACGUAGCAUUUAACUUAUUGGUGACAAAUGAUUGGUGUUAAAAAAUUAAGACAACUAAAUCUUAUUUUUGUUAAAACUCAUAUGUUAACAAAUUUUAUUUUAUUUUUUUAUUAAUGUUUAGUUAAUAAUUUUAUGUUCUAUGGCAAGAAUCUAUUUUCAUUAAUGUUUUGUUAAAAAUGAUUUCCUUACAAUUACUUAUCAUAGCUAAGAACUAUAGCGUUUUGAAGUGCGUUCCACCAAUGCAAAAAAUUUACAAUA